GCAGGUAUAUAUUAGAUGCCUGUUGCCAACAAUCAGUGUUCUUUGUAUUCCUUUGUGAAAAUGAAAUAUUUUUUGAUACUCUCUGUUUUAAUAGCUAUCAACUUCAUCAACGAAGGUUAUACACAACAGACCGACGACGAUGACGAUGAUGAUGAGGUGACAUGUCUGAAAUGUAAAUCGAGCAGUUUUUAUGAAUGCAGAAUUGCUGAUGAGGCAGGUCCAACAUGUUUUGGAAAGUAUUGCUAUUCUUACAUAUACAGAGAUACCUACAAAACUCUCCUCGGAGGAGAGGGGUCCAAGCUAUUUUAUAUCAGAGGCUGCACAGAUGAGGCAGAUUUUUGUGAUGGGGAAUCACACUUAGCAUGCUCAAUUUGUAGUGAAGAGGAGUGCAAUAAUAAAAAACUGCCUCCAUCCCCUUGAAAAGCAGCCCCGCUUGUUCUUAAUGUUCUUGAAAUAAACUGAUUAAAUCA